AUGAAGCCAAUGAUUCUUGUAUCAACAAUGAGUUUCUUGCUGUUAACUUGUGCACCUAUAGCAGCUUUCGAUCGUGAAAAAAGACUGCGUGUAAUGAUUUCUGUGCAUGCAAACGAACACGCGGUGACAAGUGGCAAAGAAAAACACGAAAGAGAACCGGACAAUUGCGUUGACGAUGGUACGCGGACCUACGACCCAAUAUGCGCAUCAAAUGGCAAUUUAUACUUGAACAUGAACCGAUUCAAGUACAAAAAGUGCCUCAUGAAUGCGAAUUGCGGGGAAGACAUUACAAUCGUCGAUCCGGAAUUCUGCAAGGACGUGAGACUGGAAGAUUUUACAAGCGAGGGUCUGAUGUAG